AUGGGCGUUGUACUAACAGGGCCCAAACGCUCCAUGACAAUGCGAAGUCCGUUUGGUCGCGCUCUCCUUGCCGCCCUGUGCGUGCUACUUGUCCUCAUGGCAAUGCUCAAAACUGAAUCGAUACCAGUCCGCCCACAGCUCUUUGGGAAACCAGGUGUCAAGGCCAACGCAGUUCACGAACAAAAGCCACUUGACGACUCUAACUCGCCUGUAACCAGCAGCUCCAUGAUUGGCAAUGGAAACGUAAUCUCUAGCAAUUUCAACAUCAACUGCAGUGUCGAUAUACCACAUCUACAGAAAAUAAGGCAAAAGUACAACCUCGACGAAAGGUUCCAGUACAUGAAGCGCUACGUCCGCUUCACCCGCACUGAGGGCCUGGAGCGAAAACGCAUGACCAAGAUUUCACAUAAUCUACUCAACGGAGCCUUCAAGACUGUCGAUAUGAACAAACAAUACGGGCAAGACGCCUGCGAAAACCCCCUUGAAGUGCAGGUUCCUGCCUCCGGUUUGCCGUCAGCUGUCAACGCAAGCGAUUUCAUGUUUGGUGUCUCAACGACAUUUAAGCGUUUCAUGGACUCGGAAACAACGCCCAUCAAUGAAUGGAUCUACUGGCUCACCGACAGCCGCGGCCACUCCAACGGGGGCAAACUAGUCCUUAUGCUCCUUGAUGCCAGUGAUGAUGAGCUUCAGGAAGUUGCUAACCUUCUUGGAGAUGUCGGCAUCGAUGUUGACGUGUAUCACUCCGACUCUUCUCUGGAAAUGGCGGUUCGAUAUCUCAGCCUGGUGCCUACACUUUACACUCAUCCCGACGCAAAGAAAAAGAAGUGGCUCGUUACUUGCGACGACGACACCUUUUUCCCCAGUAUGCAUGAGUUGAUUGACAAAAUGGGCAAGUAUGAUCACACCCGUGAGAUGUACAUCGGCACUCUGUCCGAGGAUACCGGAGCAAUUGAGCGCCACGGUUCGCAAGCAUUUGGCGGCGGGGGUGUUUUCCUGUCUGUUCCGUUGGCAGAAAAGCUCACCGAGCUUUUUGGUAGCUGUACCACUGAGCAGAAAGUAUUGGAGUCGAACUCGGGAUGGGGACCCCAGGGCGACAUAAUUCUCCGCAAGUGCAUCUACGAAAAUACCGAUACCCGAUUAACAACGUUUUGGGAUUUGUGGCAACUAGAUAUCUUUGGCCACCCCGCGGGUUUCUACGAAUGGGGCAUCAAGCCACUCUCUCUGCAUCAUUAUCGUGGGGGUGGGUGGCACAAGGCCAAGCCCGGCAUGUACACCAAGAUCGCUCACACCUGUGGCGAAGAUUGCACGCUGAUGCGGUUCCAAACCAAGGAUGAUUUUAUUAUUUCCGGAUACUCUAUUGCCCACUACCCAGACGGUGUUACCUUUGACACAAACCAGCUGGAAGCAACAUUACACGCCGCGCCAGAGGACAAGGGCUGGAACCUUGACUUCAUGAUGGGGCCAAGACGACCGAACCUUGAAAAGACUGGCAAAAAGAUUUCGUGGGAGCUGGAAGAAUCCGAGGUGCAGUCAGAUGGCUCAGUGCUCCAAACUUACACCCGGAAGCAGAACGAUGACCGAUGGGUGCAUCCUGACAAGCAACCCAUGAGCAAUAUUGAUGGCGUUAUUGAGCUCGUUUGGAUUCCAUCAUAG